UUGGCAAAAUUAAAAUGGCAGCUUAAGCUAUUAAAGUGAGGAGCUUUUAAUCAUUGGCUGCAAGAAUUCAAGGUUGGUGGAAUAGAAGGGGAGGGAUUAAAGUCUUUGAACGGCAGAGCGACAUCUCCACUCUGAUCUCUGCACAGGGCCCUGCUGGUGCUUGUCGGAAUAUCCCUACAACUUCAAGCUUUGCCGAAGAGCCCGACUGGAGUCCAUGGUGCCCACGUUUCUCUCAGAGCGCGGAGUCAGGGAUGCAGCGUCGCCAUGGGUCUCAUGGAGUUUUACCUGGAGAUUGACCCAGUCACUCUAAACCUCAUCAUCCUCAUCGCCAGCUACGUGAUCUUGCUUCUGGUCUUUCUCAUCUCUUGCAUCCUGUACGACUGCCGGGGCAAAGACCCUUCCAAGGAGUACGUUUCCGAGCCCCCCGCCCCCCAGCAACAGUCUCCCAUCCGGCUCGUGGUGAUGCAAAACUCCCCGGCCUCGUCGCGUUAUAAUGAGCAGAACAACACAGCUUCCUCCAACUUCACACCUUUGACCCCUGACAUGCGUGAGAAGAGGAGCACGCUGGUCUGACACAUCCAGAGACUAUAGUGCUAAAAUUGAAACCUAAUUUGAAAGGAAAGAGAGCAUCCAUCUGCUUUCAUUAGUUUAUUGUGGACAUUUUCAUCAUGGAAAUGGAGUUAUUUUAUCCUCUGGACACUGGAUAGAGGCCAGUAGAAGAUACAUGUGCAUGCCUAAACAGGGCUAAUGUCUGGACACUUGUACAGUCACAAUGUUGUCUGCCAUAAAAAGUGCAUAUGAUUUUGCAGCUAUGUCAAAAGCAUAAAUGUUGUGUUAGUGUGCAACACUAAGUAUAUAACUUAUACAUUUUGAAUGUGUCUGUUGUGAAGUUUGAAUGUGUGCAUGUUUGUAAAUGUGUAUAUAGGUAUAGGUAUAUUAUAAAAGAUACAUUUACAAUAAUAUAAGGAUUGUUUCACAGUAAAAACAAUAAAUAAUAAUUCAAUGGACACUGAUGAACCCACUUGGCUGAAUGCAAUUGUUAAAUCAUCAUCUAUAUUUAUGCACUGCAUUUGGCAUAUGCUUUUUUUCCCCAAAGCAACAUACUUUGCAUUCAGUAUACUAUAUUUUACUGUAUAUGUAUUCCCCAGGAAUCAAAUGCUGAUGAGAAAUUGAUCAUCAUCAGUCAUCAUCUAAAAUGCAAUAUAUUUAUGAAGUAUAAUAAUAAUAAUAAUAAUAAUAAUAAUAAAAAGGCAACACUUUACAAUAUGGUCUCAUUUGUUAACAUUAGUUAUUGCAUUAACUAAUGAACAAACAAUGAGCAAUAUAU